AUGGCGAAAAAACAGGGGAAGAAACCCGCUACCCAACUGGCCAAAUCUACUCAGAAGAUGAUUAGUAAUGAAGAAAGUAAUGAAACAACCCAGAAAUUUGAAGAAAAACCAGAAGUUAGCAAAGUGGUGAAUGAAGAAGUUAGCGAAGUGGUGACUGUAGAUGUUAACAUUGCUAUUGAGAAAGAAGUUUCCCCAAAGAAGACAGAUGAAGCUGUUAAUACUAGAGAGGAGAAGAAGAUGGAAAGGAGAUGGGCUGACCUAGUUUCAUCUAAUAGACACAAAGAUCCUGCGUGUUCCCUGAAGUAUAUACCACUGAUGAUUUCAAAUGGUGUUCGUAUUGCCAAAGUUAUGGAGGAGGAUAUGGUGGAUGAAGUGGAAAGAUGGAGCCAUGCUGUUCUUGGAUGUGUUUAUGGGCUCACACCUAGGUUCUACAAACUACAGAGUUUUAUAAAAAAUAGAUGGGGAAAGCUAGGGUUAAUUGAUUUUCAUCAAAUCAAGCCCAACCUCUUCGCUUUUAUAUUUGAUUCUGAGGAAGGAAAGAUGAAAGCAAUAGCAGAUGGUCCCAUUACCUUCGACAAACACCCCCUCAUUCUUCAAGAAUGGAAAAGGAAGAUGUCCUUUGAUAUGCAAGAAGUUGCUUCAGUCCCUGUCUGGGUCAAAUUUGCCAUGCUUCCUUGGGAGUAUUGGAAUCCAGAGUCACUUAGUUCAAUAACAAGCACUCUUGGAAAACCUUUAUUUGCUGAUAAAUGUACUAGGGAUAGAUCAAAACUGGCUUAUGCUAGGGUCCUUAUUGAUAUGAAAUUGAAGGGUUUGUUCCCAGAUUAUGUUAUAAUAGAGGAUGAGGAAGGAGACCAGCUCAUGCAAUCAGUAGAAUAUGAAUGGAAGCCUAUUCUCUGCAGGACUUGUAAGAGAUUGGGACACAGGAAUUGUGAGAAACAAAAAGUUUGGAUUGCAAAAUCUGAUAGUGUUGCAGUCAAUGUAGAUUAA